AGGGACCAUUUGCUCAAGGUAAUAUUGUACUGUUUCCGCCAUUUUUGACUAAUAAUGUUUCAACAGAACGAAAGAAAAAAAUUUUCUGAUAAUCUAAUAUAAAAAAAGAUCUGCGUAGAUGAUGAUUGGACGAUGACAUUUUAGCUGUUAAAAAAAUAACUUUCGUUUUUUUUUUGGAUUACACUUAAUAUGUCCUUAAUUCGCUCAACAUAUGCAUUUACUCACUUUUCUAAUAAUAAAAUUCUUUGCAAAAGUUCUUUUUUAAUUUUUCGUUGCAAGUCAACUACAACAAAUAAUAGUGAACAUUAUAAGGGUCAAAAAGAUGAUUUUAAUAAAGAAAAUAAUGUGGAUAAUGAAAACAAGAAAUCACCUGCAUCAAUAAAUACGAUUAUCAAAAAUUCAUUUAUAAAAGAUAAUGAUAUACCCUGGACAGGAGAGGAAGAUAUUAAAACAACAGUAUUAAGAAUGAUAGUGGAUAAAUAUCCUCCAUUAAAGAUAAAAAGGGAAACGAUUAAAGAAUAUAUAGAUGCACAUAGUAAGGUAGUUAAUUUUACGAACAAGGUGCAUUUGGAACCCCCAUUACAACCACCUGUUCCUGUACCUUCCAAUAAUAUAGCAUCAAAUAAAAAAUCAAUAUCAAAAGAAGAAAAACUAAAAAAAAUUCGUGAAGCGAAUCAAUCCCGUAUUAUAAAUGCGAAAGAUGCCGCAACGGAUUAUUCAAUUAAAAAAAAACUUGGUACACAGAAUGAUGUUGAGGAAAGUAGUAGGGAUAAGCAACCACCGAAAGUUUUACCAAAAAGUAUUGCUGGUUGGAACAAUUUAGUGGAAAAUCGAAUUCAAGAAGCUAUAGUUGCAGGAGAAUUUGAAAAUCUUCGUUAUCAUGGUAAACCUUUACCAACGGACCCUAAUGAUCGGAAUCCUUAUUUGGACCGUACAGAAUUCCUCAUGAAUCGAAUUGUACAAAGACAAGGUUCAGCACCAGCAUGGAUAGAAGUUCAAAAAGAAGUAAAUAAUGAAAUCUCUUUAUUCCGUCAACGUAUGCGUGAAAGUUGGUUACGUUAUGCAAGUGCUAAUAAGAUUGAUCCGCAUAGUCGAAAUAUUUCUUGGGAAAAUGAUCAAAAAUCGUAUUUUGAAAAAACCAUUAAAAAACUAAAUAGUAGAUUACGUUCUUAUAAUACCGUUGCUCCUUAUGUUGUCCGACGUGGUUAUUUAAAUCUUAAAUUGGAAUUUGGGAGAAUGUAUCAAAAUGUAAAACAAGAUACUAAUAACAAAACGAAAGUUAUGAAUAAAGGUGAAAAUGAGAAUAAAGAUAUUAAUUUAUUUAAUGAUAACGAUAAAUUAGAAUUUAAGAAGGAAGAUAAUAUAUGGGAAAGUUUUGCUAAAAGUAUUAAAUGGAUACUUGGGAGAUAAAUGGUGAUAAAUAAGAGUAAAAGUUCUGUCCCUAGAAUACUUAAUAAAAAUAUGCUGCAAGUGUGUGACAUAUACUGACCCGAAAUCCUACGAAUAUGACGCGUGUAAUUUAUGAUUGUCAUUCAAUUGAAUCUCUCUUGGACCUAUCCUAUAAAAUAUUCAUAUGAUUUUAUUGCAAAAGUCUUUUUAAUUAUAAAUUGAUAAAUGAAUUCUUUCAUUAUUAUUUAUUAUAUGAAACU